AACUGCUGCCUUUUCUCGAUGGUUCAAAGCAAGUGUUCUCUUCCCCAAAGGGGAGGAACAAGCGGGUGGGAUGGCGGCUCAAACUGUUUCCGCGCUCCCAGACUCGCUUCUACUCCGGAUUUUGGAGUCGCUACCGCCACGUGACCGACUGGGCAUGGCUAGGGUCUGCAGACAUUGGCGUCGCCUGGUGCAAGACAAGUUGCUUUGGAGGCACUUAAACCUGACUCCUUACAAGAUGUCCUCCAAGGUCCUGUGGCACCUCUUGCGGAACCAUCUCCGAGGCAACCUGCGGACACUGAAAGCAAGGGGAUCACUCCACUCCGUCCGGAAGCAAGAGGUGUUUUCCCCUGCACUGAUGCAAGCCUUGGGCAAGCAGUGCCCCAAUUUCCACCACCUGUGCCUGACCGAGGCAGACCUCCGCUCACUCUCUUAUGAAUGUAUGCCCGCAUCUCUCAAGACUCUGGAGCUGAGCUGGUGUGAGAUCCCUCCUGCAUGGUUCCAGACCCCCCAGGCCCACCCUCAAAUCCAACACCUUGUCAUCCAGAACGUCCCUGCCUUUUCCAACCAGCACUUAGCAAAUAUUGCGCACCAGGGCACACUCAAGACUCUGGUUCUGUCGGAGACCUACCGGGUGACAGAUUGGGGGAUCCAGACUGCAGCGCCAUAUCUGGGAGAGCUGGAAUCUCUUUUACUGCACCGGUGCAGCGUUGGCGAUUCAGCUACUCAUUUCAUUGGUCGCCACAUGAAACACCUGCGCCGCUUGGACCUCAGUGGCAGUUCUCUGACGGACAUGGGUCUCCCUUGCUUAAGUGGCUUGGCGAGCUUGGAAGACCUCCAACUUGAAGCCUGCAGUGGACUUUCUCCAGAGGUUGUCGUUGCCACUUGCCGGGCACUGCCGUAGCUAAAGCGUCUCAGUUUGAGCAGGGUCGGAUUUGAUGAGCGGGAAGUUCACCAAAUCCAGGCAGCUUUACCAAACUGUGUCGUGAUGUGCCCUGUCUCCAGUGGCAAUGCCAAAGCAGAAGCUUAGCAAAUGGAAAGUUGAUAUGUUGUUGGGGAGGUCAAAAUGUGGAAAGCACAGGAGCUACCACUGCCUCUCAGCAACACUUAGUGAAGGGAAUGAAACUAUUCUCCAUGCUCCACCAUGCAAGCCAUUUUCAACUUAGCAUUGAGCUGCAAAUACAGGAGACGUGGCAAGGCCUGCUUCUUCCUUGGUUGGUGGGCUCACAUCUCGGUGAAAUGGCCAUAACAGGAUGCUGUAUCAUUCCCAACAAUAAAUCCUUUCACAUGUCAAAAGACCUGUAUCACUCUCUCAGGGCCUUUCGAUGCGUGAGUCCUCUCUGAACCAACACACAGUUCACGCAGAUUGAACAAAAAUUAUGCCUUUUUUGUUUAAUUCUAAAAUCCACAAAUUUCAAUAGAAUCUAUAAUUGCAUCACAAAAUGAACCAAAAAUAUUUGGAAUGUGGCCAAUGCCAACAUCAGGAUAGAAAGCCCAAAAAUUAUCCAGUCAGCACAACUCAUAAUUGCAUAGCCUUAGUUUCAUGGAAGCAAGCAGAGCAAUCUUCUCAGGUCAGGAACUUCAGUCAAAAUCUAAAAGCAAAGAGUAAUACAUGUAACAGUGUAAGCUAAUGAACCAAAGAAAUAUGUCUUCCUCAAAAUAUUCUAAAGCAUUAUAGCAAUAGCUCCUGAUCAGGUGACUGGCUCCAACCAAUAAGAUCAUUUCUACUAAUUAGACCAACUGCUAAAAGUUAUCUCAACUGCUUGCAUGUGCAGCUAGUUACAAACUACAAUAGGAAUGCAGACCCAAUUAUCUCUUCAACAGUCCUUUGUGACCUUGGGAAGAUGAAAAACAUUUUCAAAGUUCAGCUACUGAAAUGAGACACACAGAUACUAAAUUUACUUUGCUUAAAUCCUUAACGAAAUGGCUACUCUUAUGCUAAGCUAACAUAAAAACUUAUAUAAAAAUACACUUUCUUUACACAUAGAAAGAGAGGUUAGGAUGAUGGAUUCUCAGCUACCCUUUUCCCUGUGUGUUAAUUUCCUUUAUAUAUACUCUGUUGUUUUCCAUGGUCCUGGGAACCCUCACAGUGUGAAAUGACACUGCUCCAACUCAAAACGCGCCACUUCCGUGAGAACUUGUCCAAAGCAAAUACUUCCUAAUGCACUUUUUUCUGUUCUGUGAGCCAGUAGUUUUACCCAUGGCUGUACAGACUGUACAACCAGUACUGGUAUUCCAAAUUGCCCCUGAUUUAGGAAUGGAGACGUAGGGAUGACCGAAGGGUCACCAGGGACUGAAGUGACCAGAGCACAGCAGGCGCUAGAUGUACAUGAAUUAUCUUUGGCUCAUUCCGCACAUGCAGAAUAAUGCACUUUCAAACUUUUUCAGUGCUCUUUGAAGCUGUGCGGAAUGGCAAAAUCCACUUGCAAACAGUUGUGAAAGUGGUUUGAAAACGCAUUAUUUUGCGUGUGCGGAAGGGGCCUUUGCCUCUUCCAAAUCAUGAUUCAGAUGUCAUCUGAGUUCCAGGACCUUCUUUUUGGAGCACCACAAUUCCCAUGCUGCCAGCCACCUCCUAGGGCUAAUCUUUUGAAAAUCUCAGGAAGCUGUGUGUUUGUGUGUGUGUUUUAAUUGAAACAGUGGUUAUACUUUUAAAGAGGAUAAAUGCCUGAAUGAAAAAAAAAUCUUGGUUGGGAUGAAGCAGAAUUUAUAUCCAUGGGCAGGAGGUCAUGGCUUCCUCACCUCCCUGAUGUUGCAGUAAAAUGCUUUCCAGAGUGCCAUUCAUAGGAGAAGGUCAGUCUCUUCACACAGAAAUCUUUCUACCCAUGGAAACAUUAAGUCCUAGCUUUAUCGUUGCUGUCUUUAAAUGCUUGCUUUUCUACCUGAGAUGCCCGAUCUCGCAGUUAGCACAGAUUUUACGUUGUAAUGAAUUAUGCUGAUGUCUGUAUUCUUUCUCGGAAAGUUUUAAUGUUUGCAUUAUUAACGCCAUCCUUUUAAAAAAAAUAGUUUUCCAGUUUGCUUCAGAAACAAAGAAAUCAAUAAAAUCAUAAAGCUAA